AUGUCAGUGAACCACUGCUGCAGCAUUGAGACGUGAGAAAACAGCGCUGAGUUCAUGAAUCCAGGAACUUUUUUUUUUUUUUUGCGCUGUUUUCUCUUCUUUUAAUCACGAACGCUGAUGAACUUUAGCUCGUCUACAUAUUUGAUCAGAAGUAAUGGCAACUCCUGCGUUUUUCCUGCUGCUCUGCGGUCUGCGCGUCUCUCUGGCGGUUGAUUGGGAGUUUGUGGACACAAAUUUUACCUACCUCGGUGAUGAAAUCGACUACAAGGAUCCAUGUAAAGCUGCUGCUUUUUUGGGAGAUAUUGCUCUGGAUGAAGACGACCUCCGCAUGUUUAAAGAGGCCCACAGCAUUGAUGAUGAACAGCACACUAUCCAGACCAACCAAACGGACUCCGAGAACAGGUCCACCUCCAGUGAGGGUGUCAGGAGUAAAAGAGCUGCAGACAAACUCCAUCGUCUAAAGAGAGCGGCCACCUCCAGACCUGAGCGAGUGUGGCCAGAUGGCAUCAUACCGUAUGCGAUCAGUGGGAAUUUUAGUGGCAGUCAACGAGCCAUUUUCCGUCAGGCGAUGCGUCACUGGGAGAAACACACUUGUGUAACAUUCACCGAGAGGACAACUGAAGAAAGCUACAUUGUUUUCACCUACCGGCCAUGUGGGUGUUGCUCCUACGUGGGGAGGAGAGGUGGCGGCCCUCAGGCCAUCUCCAUAGGGAAGAACUGCGACAAGUUUGGCAUUGUGGUACAUGAACUCGGCCAUGUGAUCGGCUUCUGGCAUGAACACACACGUCCGGACCGUGACGAGCAUGUAAGCAUCAUCAGAGACAACAUCCAGCCAGGACAGGAGUAUAACUUCCUGAAGAUGGAACCAGGUGAGGUUGACUCUCUCGGGGAAGUCUACGACUUUGGCAGCAUCAUGCAUUAUGCAAGGAAUACGUUUUCCAGAGGAAUCUUCUUAGACACAAUCUUGCCUCGUUACGAUGUCAAUGGAGCCAGGCCACCUAUUGGACAGAGGACCAGGCUUAGCAAAGGGGACAUUGCACAAGCCCGCAAACUCUACAAAUGUGCAAAGUGUGGGGACAGUCUGCAGGAGAGCGCUGGAAAUUUCUCUUCUCCUGGUUUCCCCAACGGGUACUCAGCGUACGCUCACUGUGUCUGGAGGAUUUCUGUCACCCCUGGAGAGAAGAUUGUGCUGAACUUUACUUCCAUGGACCUCUUCAGGAGUCACUUGUGUUGGUACGACCACGUGGAGGUCCGAGAUGGGUUCUGGAGAAAAGCUCCACUGAAAGGCCGUUUUUGUGGAGACACACUUCCAGAUCCAAUCAUCUCUACUGACAGUCAGCUGUGGAUUGAAUUCAGAAGCAGCAGCAGUUGGGUGGGCAAAGGCUUUUCAGCGGUUUAUGAAGCCAUCUGUGGGGGAGAAGUGAAGCGGGACAGCGGCCAGAUCCAGUCUCCCAAUUACCCAGAUGACUACCAGUCCAAUAAAGAGUGUGUGUGGAAGAUCACAGUAGCAGAGGGUUACGAUGUUGGCCUCUCGUUUCAGUCGUUUGAGAUUGAGAGACAUGACAGCUGUGCCUACGACUAUGUGGAGGUGAGGGAUGGCAGUUCGGAGAGCAGUCCGCUGCUCGGCCAUUUCUGUGGCUACGACAAGCCGGACGACAUCAAGAGCAGCUCCAACCAGCUCUGGCUGAAGUUUGUAUCUGACGGAUCAGUCAACAAAGCUGGGUUUGCAGCCAACUUUUUUAAAGAGAUGGACGAGUGCUCCAAACCUGACAAUGGUCACUGCGAGCAGCGCUGUCUGAACACGCUGGGCAGCUACAGGUGUGCCUGCGACCCUGGAUAUGAGCUGGCAGCUGACAGACGCAGCUGUGAAACAGCUGCCUGUGGUGGGUUCAUCACCAAGCUGAAUGGUUCACUCACCACCCCCGGCUGGCCCAAAGAAUACCCACCCAACAAGAACUGUGUGUGGCAGCUGGUGGCACCCAUUCAGUAUCGCAUCACUCUGGCGUUCGAUGUGUUUGAGACCGAAGGGAAUGAUGUGUGUAAAUAUGAUUAUGUGGAGGUGCGCAGUGGGUUGAGUUCAGACUCAAAGCUUCAUGGGAAGUUCUGUGGAGCAGAGAAACCCGAGGUCAUCACCUCCCAACACAACAACAUGAGGAUUGAGUUCAAGUCGGACAACACCGUGUCCAAGAGGGGCUUCAAGGCUCACUUCUUCUCCGAUAUAGAUGAGUGCUCCAAAGACAAUGGAGGCUGCCAGCAUGAGUGUGUGAACACCUUCGGAAGCUACAGCUGUCAGUGUCGCAGCGGCUUCAUGCUGCAUGAUAAUAAGCACGACUGCAAGGAAGCCGGCUGUGAUUAUGUUGUGAACAGUGUGUCAGGCGUCAUCAGCAGCCCCAACUGGCCUGACAGAUAUCCCAGCAAGAAGGCCUGCACCUGGUCUCUGUCCACAACCCCGGGCCAUCGAAUCAAACUUGUGUUCAAUGAGAUCGACAUGGAGUCUCAUCUGGAGUGUGCUUACGACCACCUGGAGCUCUACGACGGGCGAGACGUCCGUGCACAGAGCCUGGGGCGCUUCUGUGGCACCAAGAAGCCGUCUCCAGUCGUUUCUAGCGGCAACAAAAUGUUCCUGCGUUUCUUCUCGGACAACUCAGUGCAGAAAAGAGGCUUCGAGGUUUCACACAGAGCAGAAUGUGGAGGAAGCCUUAAAGCCGAGGUCAAGACAAAAGAUCUGUACUCUCAUGCACAGUUCGGAGAUAACAACUACCCUGGGGGCUCUGACUGUCUGUGGGUGGUCACUGCUGAGAAAGGUUACGGAGUGGAGAUCGUCUUCCAAGUGUUUGAGAUUGAGGAGGAGGCAGACUGCGGGUACGAUUACGUGGAGCUGUACGAUGGCGCUGACAUCAAGUCUCCGAGGCUGGGGCGAUAUUGUGGAUCUGGGGCUCCAGAGGAGGUCUUCUCGGCCGGAGACGCCAUCGUUUUAAAGUUUCACUCAGAUGACAGCAUCAAUAAAAAAGGCUUUCAUGUGCGCUACACAAGCACAAAGUUCCAGGACACGUUACACGCAAGCAAGUGACUCUUACCCCAAACCUAAAUGGAGACUCCCCCCCCUAACAUUUGGUUGUACACACCCUUCUCCAGACGAGGAGCGAAUGCAUGGAUUGAUACCACAAACACCAACACUCAUACUUUACGUUCACAUCUGCUAAAAAGAGUGAAGCCAUGCGGAGAUGUGACAUCUUUGCUCUUCCUCAUUAUAGAGCUAUAUAGGACGAAAGGCAAGGAUUAGUUUGAAGUGAUUAUUAUUUUGAGUAAAUUCAGUCACACCACUUGUAAUGAGCUGAUUACAUCAUAACACUGUGCUAAGAUAUAAAAUGUAUAUAUUGUGAUAUAGUUUGCCUUGUUUUUUUAAUCAUGAUUUCAACUGUGUCACUUUUUACUGUCUGAGGUUGAAAAGCUUGAUCACUUCUAAUGAAUGUAAUGCACUUUGCUGUAUUAUAUCACAAAAGCAUAUAAUGAUAAUAAUUAUGGAAGAAAACAUAAUGUCAAAGAUUAAUUGUUUAAUAUUAUUUUCCGACCUGCAUUUGCUUUACUUUAGUUUUUUGAAUUUCCAUUAACAUUCCCUCACAGUAUAUUUUCUGAUGCCUUUUUUCCCUGGCAUUUUUUUAAUAUUUUUAUUUUAAACUAUUGUGUUUUCAAGUGUUUUCUUCUGACUGAUGUUCCUGUGCAUCAAAUUCUCACGCGACACACGGCACUACACCAUGACAACGGAUGGAAUUAGCACCUCAUUCAUCAAUAUAUUGAAUAUUUUUCCUUCACAUCUACAGUGCAUUGACCCUAAAGAGCAACUGAACUCCAGAUGAAAAUCUUACUUCGGGUUGUCCCAUAGGUUUAAUUUCUUUACUUGCUGCUGUGAUGGGAUGUAGAAGUGGACUCCAGGGUUUGUCAGUGCACGAUGACAUCACUGUCGGGUGUGGUUAUAGGUGCAAGAGACCACACUUAUGACACACCUAGCCGCACCCAUCAGUGGUGGUGGUGGUGGGUGUGGUCAAGGGAGCAACUUUAAACUUUAACCUAGAAAGGACUGGCUGCUCUUCAGCCUGGUAUUAAAGGUGCCCUGUGAAGUUUACUUCUAAACAAAGUAUUGUUUACAUUCAGUUUUAACUCACCAAGUGUAUGUAUCUUAAAAGUCUGACAAAUGCAUGCAAUGUAUUGUUCAUCCUCGUAAAACACAAAAUGAGGCAAUGUUUACAUCACAUGUUUACUAGCUUGGAGUCUUCUUCACUGCCUAUGCGUUGCAGCAUUUCUGUGAAUGUUACAGCCACCAGCUCUCAAUUAGUGGAACAGAGUCUAACCAUUAUGUGUGUGUUGCGUCACCUGCUUGUUUGUGCGUGUGCAUGUGCAUCCUCAUGUGAGCACAUACAAACAAAACAGGGACCCACUAAUAAAAACAUUGCUCCUUAGCACCACUAGUGGCUAAAAACUCCACAGGGUACCUUUAAUAUGCACUUACACUAUGACAAAUAGUGCUUCAUAUGCAGUAUGUGAUGAAAUGACACUGAUGUUUUAUUUAUUUUCACGCUGGAUUAAUAAGCACACUUUGGAAAAUAAUUUUCAAGAAAUACUUUUAAUAAAAUUUUACCCAUA